GGGAGGGGUGAGCGUCUAAUUAUAACUGAUUGGUGUAUGAAAACAGUGGUAGAUGAACAGUUUGAAUUUGAGUAAUUUUGAUCAUUUUCUUAACCCGUCGCUGGUUCUUGCAUGAGCGCGUAGCUAGAAGGUUGCGGUUCUUAUAAAGCCGAGCGCAUCUGCAGUCAGUGCCGUUCGGACCUCGGCAGGCGUGGAAGGAAAGUGCGUUGUUGUUAGCUCACCAUCAUCAUCAUCCUCAUCCGGCCUGCUGGGGAGGCCAAGCCGGGAGCUGGAGUUCGCAGCAGAGCGCUCGCCAUGGCGGUUAACCUGGACAAGGAAGCGUACUACCGCCGCAUCAAAAGGCUAUACAGCAACUGGAAGAAAGGAGAGGAUGAGUUUGGUAAAAUUGAUGCCAUCGUAGUUUCUGUGGGGGUCGAUGAGGAGAUCGUGUACGCCAAAUCCACCGCCAUACAGACUUGGCUGUUUGGCUACGAGCUCACGGACACCAUCAUGGUGUUUUGUGACACCAAAAUCAUCUUCCUGGCCAGCAAGAAGAAGGUGGACUUCCUCAAACAGGUGGCUGUAACCAAAGGCAACGAGAACGCCAAUGGAGCCCCGCCCAUCACUUUGCUCACUAGAGAGAAGAAUGAAAGCAACAAAGCCAACUUUGAUAAGAUGAUUGAGGCGAUCAAGGGCAGCAGAGAGGGGAAGACGGUGGGAAUCUUCAGCAAGGACAAGUUUCCUGGAGACUACAUGAAGAGCUGGGGCGACGCGCUCAACGCUGAGGGUCUGGAGAAGGUGGAUAUCAGUGCCGUGGUGGCCUACACCAUGGCGGUGAAGGAGGACGGGGAGCUGGGUCUGAUGAAGAAAGCAGCCGCCAUCACCAGCGAGGUUUACUCCAAGUUCUUCAAGGAGCGCGUCAUGGAGAUCGUUGAUGCCGACGAGAAAGUGCGUCACAGCAAGCUGGCUGAGUCGGUGGAGAAGGCCAUCGAGGAGAAGAAGUACCUGGGCGGUGCAGACCCGUCCACAGUGGAGAUGUGCUACCCCCCCAUCAUCCAGAGUGGGGGCAACUACAGUCUGAAGUUUAGCGUGGUCAGUGAUAAGAACCACAUGCACUUUGGUGCCAUCACGUGUGCCAUGGGCAUCCGCUACAAGUCCUACUGCUCCAACCUAGUUCGGACCCUGAUGGUGGACCCGUCCCAGGAGAUGCAGGACAACUACAACUUCCUGGUUCAGGUGGAGGAGGAGCUGCUGAAGGAGCUGAAGCACGGCGUAAAGAUCUGCGACGCCUACAACGCCGUUCUAGAGUUUGUGAAGAAGGAGAAGCCUGACCUGGUGUCCAAGCUGACCAAAAACCUUGGCUUUGCCAUGGGAAUCGAGUUCAGAGAAGGCUCGCUGGUUCUGAACGCUAAAAACCAGUACAAGCUGAAGAAAGGGAUGGUGUUCAGCAUCAGUUUGGGUUUCGCCGACCUCGUCAACAAAGACGCCAAGAAGGACGAGCUCAAGAAGUACGCCCUGUUCAUCGGAGACACGGUCCAGAUCAACGAGGAGGAGGUGGCCGCUGUCCUCACCCCCGCCAAGAAGAAGAUCAAGAACGUGGGGAUUUUUCUGAAGAAUGACGAUGAGGAUGAUGAGGAUGAAGAUGGCGACGAUGCAGAGGAGCUGCUGGGGAAGGGAGCUCGGAGCGCCGCCCUGCUGGCAGACAGAACCAGGAAUGAGAUGACGGCGGAGGAGAAGAGGCGGGCUCACCAGAAGGAGCUGGCCAACCACCUGAACGAAGAAGCCAAGCGGCGUUUGACGGAGCAGAAAGGAGAGCAGCACAUUCAGAAAGCCAGAAAAUCCAAUGUGUCCUACAAAAACGUGUCCCAGAUGCCCAGAGAAAAGGAGAUCAGAGACAUGAAGAUCUACAUCGACAAGAAGUACGAGACGGUCAUCAUGCCGGUGUUCGGCAUCGCCACGCCCUUCCACAUCGCCACCAUCAAGAACAUCAGCAUGUCUGUAGAAGGAGACUACACCUACCUGAGGAUCAACUUCUACGUUCCCGGCAGCUCUCUGGGGCGACAGGAAGGAAACAUCUUCCCCAACCCAGACGCCACUUUUGUCAAAGAAAUAACAUACCGAGCAUCUAACCUCAAAGCUCCUGGCGACACCUCCGUGCCCUCCACCAACCUGCAGAACGCCUUCCGCAUCAUCAAGGAGGUGCAGAAGCGCUACAAAACACGGGAGGCUGAGGAGAAGGAGAAGGAAGGCAUCGUCAAGCAGGACUCGCUGGUCAUCAACCUGAACCGCAGCAACCCCAAACUCAAAGACCUCUACAUCAGACCCAACAUCGCUCAGAAGAGGAUGCAGGGCUCUCUGGAGGCCCACACCAACGGGUUCAGGUUCACAUCCGUACGCGGAGACAAGGUGGACAUCCUUUACAACAACAUCAAACAUGCCAUCUUCCAGCCGUGCGACGGCGAGAUGAUCAUAGUGCUGCACUUCCACCUGAAGAACGCCAUCAUGUUUGGGAAACGGCGACACACAGACGUGCAGUUCUACACGGAGGUGGGCGAGAUCACCACGGACCUGGGCAAACACCAGCACAUGCACGACCGCGACGACCUGUACGCCGAGCAGAUGGAGCGCGAGAUGAGGCACAAGCUGAAAUCUGCCUUCAAGAACUUCAUCGAGAAGGUGGAGACGCUGACAAAGGAGGAGCUGGAGUUCGAAGUCCCCUUCAGAGACCUGGGGUUCCAGGGUGCCCCCUACAGGAGCACCUGCUUGUUGCAGCCCACCUCCAGCUCUCUGGUUAACGUCACUGAAUGGCCUCCGUUCGUGGUGACUCUGGAUGAAGUGGAGCUCGUCCACUUUGAGCGUGUGCAGUUCCACUUGAAGAACUUUGACGUUGUCAUCGUCUACAAGGACUACAACAAAAAGGUCACCAUGAUCAACGCCGUGCCUGUCAACUCACUGGAUCCAAUCAAGGAGUGGCUCAACUCGUGUGACAUCAAAUACACUGAAGGAGUUCAGUCUCUGAACUGGACCAAGAUCAUGAAGACCAUCGUUGACGAUCCCGAGGGCUUCUUUGCGCAGGGCGGCUGGUCGUUCCUGGACCCUGACAGUGAGGGAAGUGAUGCGCAGGAAGACUCGGAGUCUGAAAUUGAGGAUGAAACGUUCAACCCAUCAGCUGAUGAAGAAGAGGAAGAGGAGGAGGACAGUGAUGAGGACUACAGCUCAGAAACGGAAGACUCUGAUUACAGUGCGUCGCUGGGCAGCGAGGAGGAGAGCGGCAAAGACUGGGACGAGCUGGAGGAGGAAGCUCGCAAAGCUGACAGAGAGAGUCAAUACGAGGACGAAGACCCGUCCAACAAGAAGAGGAAGGGUCGGACAGCACCAGCCCCCCCACCCACCAAGAAGAAGCGGCGAAACUAAACAUCUCACUCACACACACACACACACACACGCACAUCCAUGCGUACUGCCAAACCCCAGGAUUCCUCCGUGUCCCCAAACCCCCCCCCCCAUAUGUCAAAUGUGUACAUAGAUGCAGAAACCUGUGGGCGUGGCUUGCCGGUGCAUCAUGGUUGUAAAAAGAGAACCGGCAGCAGGACAGUUGGUCUUCAUCGCUCUUCUUUGUUUCAUCACCAGGCGUCUUGGUUGUGUGUGUUUGUUAAAUUUGGUUUUACUGUUUAUGUUCAGUUGAAAAAUCUUUUUCUUAAUGAGUGAUAAUAAAAGAUGGAAUAUUCUCUGCCAAUUGUUUUAUAUGGAAACAUCCUGAUUCCUCGUCUUCAUCUUUUUGUUAAAGUUGAAGCUGAAGUUGAGCACUUGCCUUUUUUAAAUGGGGGGGGGGGGGGGGGUGUGCAGAUGCACGUUUCCUGUUCUUUUUUAUGGGAUUUGUAAACUCCUGCAUUCAGACUCACACCACCUGUCACACUUUCAUGUUUUCUCUCAUGGGGGGGUAGGUAUGAUGUACUUUUGACUCUGAAAAUCCUGUUUUUGUAAUAAAAUCUAAAAGAACUGG